UGUCAAAGGAACCCCACAGGCUGCUGCCGAUCAGCACAGGCAAGAAAGAAAACUUAGACAGUGAGAGAGAGUCAGGGGCCAGAGAGGAAGUGCCAGCAUGGCUUCUGCUUUCAGACUUCAGUGCCACUGCAUCCUGAUCUUCUUGGCAGCCCUCAAGGGGGAAGCCAGAUACCUAGAGGCGCGGGGUGCUGGGGAGGACGAGCCCUUUCUGCUCCUCAGCGCAGACCUGAAGCGGGAGCUGGCAGGCAGGCCGCUCUACCAUCGGGCGCUCCGGUGCAUUGACAUGCUGAGCGUGGAGGGGCAGUUCACCUUCAUCGCCGAGCAGCCCCAGCUGCACUGUGCCGCUUUUUUCAUAGGAGACCCCGAGGAGCUCAUCACAAUAGACUAUGACUUCGUCAAUAUUGACUGCCCAGGGGGAGAUUUCCUGAAGGUGUUUGAUGGCUGGAUACUCAAAGGUGAGAAGUUUCCUAGUUCUUUGGACCAUCCUCUCCCUACUUCAGAAAGAUAUAUAGAUUUUUGCAAAAGCGGCAACAUCCUUAGGAGCAUCAGGUCAUCCCAGAAUGUGGCAAUGAUCUUCUUCAGGAUUCAGGAACCUGGGAAUGGAUUUACAUUUACAAUAAAGAAAAAUGCCAACCUCUUCCCAUGCAAUGUCAUCUCUCAGACCCCUACUGGAAGGUUUACCAUGGUAAUUCCUCAUCAGCACAGAAACUGUAGUUUUUCCAUAAUCUAUCCAGUGGUGAUAAAAAUAUCUGACCUUUUACUGGGACAUUUAAAUAGCCUCCAUUUAAAGAAACCAUCAACGGGCUGUGCAGGAGUGGGAGAUUUUGUGGAGCUGUUGGGUGGAACUGGAUUAGACCCCUCCAAGAUGUUCCCGCUAGCUGAUCUGUGCCAAUCCUUUCAUGGUUCUGCUCAAAUGAAGAUUGGCUGUGACAAUACUGUACUACGAAUGGUGUCCAGUGGCAAGCAUAUUAAUCGUGUGUCAUUUGAGUAUCAUCAGCUUGACCAAUAUGAAUUGGAAAACAGAAAGGAGAAUAGCAUUGAGGAGUUCUGCUUCCCUAGUAUUUGAGAAACCAUUCAAAGCAUUUUCACGCUGCUAGCAAAAAUAUGGUCUUGGUUGAUAAACAAUGUACUUUUAAUUUUAACUAACUAGUAUUAUCAAACUUUCUAUGGCAUAAGCAUCCUUAUCUUUUUCAUAUUAAACAGCUGUUCCCAUGACCAAUCAGGAAAAAUGACCUAAUGUGUUAAUCUUUCUAUUUAUCAUAAUACUUUUUUUUGUUGCAAUAUUUGGGUUCCUUUAUUGUAUCCAAAAUUAAUAAAGAGAACAGAAGACCAUGUUCCCAAUAUAAUUAUUAUUUCAAAAGGUCAUAGGCAAAAAUCCUCUGUGUAGCUAGUUUGAGCACUCAUAAAAACUACAAAUUAAUACCAAAUUCAAUCAGCAACUUUAUCUUUUUAUAUCAGAUGCACUCAUAAAAAGAAAAAAUAUGGUGGAAUGCUCAUCAGUUUUAUAAUAGAAAAUCCAUUAUUAGUAUGUGCAAAGAUUGCUUAUUUAUUACUAUAAAUGUACUAUUAUUUAUUUCUAAUUACUUGUUUUUAAUAAAAACAUUUGUAGCAUGGAAACUUUUCCUUACACAAGUCCAAACAUGAAUAAAUACAUUCAAAGUGUUGGCAAAAUUUUAUGUUGUAUUUGUCUGAGAAGCUGUUUAACUCUCUGGUUAACUUUGUAAAUCUUGUUCUGUUUUGUUGGAAAUGAUAAUCUUGGACAUCUGUCACUGUAAAACUGGACCAUUAAAGUAACAUUAUUCGGUUUGCACUGUUGCAUACCCAUAUGAAGACUUACAGUAAGCACUGAUUUAAUAGUUAAUUAAAAACCUUAAACAGUAAAGAUAAUGAAGUGGGCACUAUGAGGAAAGUGUGUCUAUAAGUGCCUACAAAUACAGGUAUUUUUGUCCCUGGACCUUUACCUACCCAUAAGAGGGGGAUGUUGAGUUACCAUUCCAAGUACAAAGCUUCAAGAAGAGUGACAGUAUAUUGAAAUAUCAGUAUUACACAAAUUAUCCUACCUUAGAAAAAUAAGGCUCCAUCUCAAGUGUAUCUCAGGAGCACUUCUUGAUUAAUUCUUUAUGUCUUUGAAAUUAUUGCUACUAAAUUUAGGCCUUGGUGACAUUAUGGCUGAGAUUUUUAAUAGUGGGUCCCUAAAAUUAGGCUCCUAUAUCCAUAUCUAGGCACCUAAACAAAUGUCCUGAUUUUCAGAGCUAUCAACCACUCAUCUGCUCCCACUGAAAUCUGUGGAAGCUGCUAAGGUGUCAGCAUCUCUGAAAAUUGACACUUCUAUAGGAGCCUAACUUUGGGAACCCUGAUCUGAAUUUAUAAAUUCUGUUGUGGGUUGGGUGAAUCAUCAUUGAAAUAGGUGGGUGUAACCACUGCCCCUCACUUAAGGUAGUGGUAAGAAACAGUUAGGCUCCUUUAUGAAAUAACAGGAGUUUUUGUCCUAAACACAGGUACAUGCAGUGCCUUAACCAAAAACACAUGUGAUUCUGCCCAGGAAUUAGCAAGAUGUGGGCAGAGGGUUUUUAGCUGGUGUGUGAGAAGACUGAAGCAGGCAGAAAGCCAAGCUGACAGUAACAGAAAUGCUGGAAAUGUGGCCCCGAGAGAAAGCUUUUGGGGCAUAGAAUGCUGGCUGGAAAGGCAGGCUUGGAAUAGGAAGCAAAGAAACUUUCUCCUGCUAUUUGUUCCUACAGUGUUCAGGGAGACAGGAUUUUGUGUAUAGUCUUUGUAAAUAAACAAGAUU